AUGGUUGAUCUAUUAAAUUCUCAGCAGAAAAAAACAGGACGUGGAUGGAAUUUUUUGCGACGAAAACAAAAUUCGAUAAAUAACAUUGCCAAUCAUAGUACGACUAACCCACCUCUUCCUACUAAACAACAUAUAAAUUCAGAGACAUAUGACACUGAUGGUAGUAGCAUCAAUCAUCACCAUCAUCAUCACCAUCAUCAACCAAUAUCUACCUCUGAUCCACUGGUAUCACCUCAAAUUCACAGACAACAUGGCGUAAGUCAAAUAUCGUCUCCUUCAGUAUCACGUCAAUCACUUAAAGUACUGUCACCUUCUGCUCAGACAGCACAACAUCAUCAACAUCACGAAGAACACGAAAUCUAUUCAACUCUCCCCUCACACCAAGAUACUCGUAAACAUAUUCGAAAUAGUCGAAGGACUCCUGUAACAGAUGGCACCACUCAUAAAUCACUCCCAGCAGGGCGAACACUAUCACCUAUAAAUCAUCAGUUACCCUUAGUCUCACACGAUGCGAAUGACCAUCAUCAUCAGCAACAGCGCCAUGGCAAAGACCGACUUAACGAUCAUUUAUUUAUACAUCCCAAUACACCAUUAAAAUUAAUAUUCGUAAGACAUAGCGAACGCGCAAAUCAAGCACUCGGUCCAGAUUGGUUUUCACGAGCAUUUGAUCGAAGAACAGGUGCUUAUCAUCCAUAUGAUCCUAAACUACCAAAAAUUUUGCCAAGCCGACGACAUUUUCAAGCGUAUGAGUUUGAUCCACCCUUGACAAUUCGUGGUCUGGACGAUGCUCGAAUAACUGGUCAAAAAAUGACAGAUAAUAAUUUAUCAUCUACUAUUUGUUUAUCAUCAACCGCUCUCCGUUGUAUUCAAACAUGUGAACGUUUGUUAUCCGGUAUGGAACGUCGAGAUUCCAUUCCAAUUCGUAUUGAACCAGGCCUAUUUGAAUGUCCUCAUUUUAAUAAUAAAUUAAUUAAUAGUUUUAUGACAAAAGAAGAAUUAUCAAAGAAUGGUUAUAAUAUCAAAGGAGAUUAUAAAGCAAUGGUAUCAAAAAUAAAUAUACCCGAAACACUCGAUCAAUAUUUUGAUCGUAGCCAGAUUGUUAUGCAAUCUAUUAUUGAUCGUUAUUCAUUUCGUGGUGGUAAUAUAUUGAUUGUGACACAUGCACCGGGACUCGUCGCUUUGACAGAUGCUCUUCAAAAAGUAAAAUCAAAUGCAGAUACACUCUAUAAAACUGUUAGUAAAUUCCAAUAUUUAAAAAUGUUGAUAGCUGAAUUUGAAAAUGGUCGAUGGAAAUUNCUCGAUCAAUAUUUUGAUCGUAGCCAGAUUGUUAUGCAAUCUAUUAUUGAUCGUUAUUCAUUUCGUGGUGGUAAUAUAUUGAUUGUGACACAUGCACCGGGACUCGUCGCUUUGACAGAUGCUCUUCAAAAAGUAAAAUCAAAUGCAGAUACACUCUAUAAAACUGUUAGUAAAUUCCAAUAUUUAAAAAUGUUGAUAGCUGAAUUUGAAAAUGGUCGAUGGAAAUUAUCAUCCGCUCCGACCUAG